AUGGAAAAGCCCAAGACUGCUGUAAUCAUUGGUGCCGGUGCUGGAGGCAUCGCAAGCGCAGCGCGCCUUGCUAAGGCCGGCUUUCGCGUUACUGUCCUUGAAAAGAACGACUUUACCGGCGGACGGUGCAGUUUGAUUCACCGAGAUGGCCAUCGAUUCGACCAAGGGCCCUCGCUGCUCCUCCUUCCUGACCUCUUUCGCGAAGCCUUCACCGACCUAGACACAACCCUCGAAGCAGAAGGAGUUGAACUGGUCAAGUGUGAGCCAAAUUACAAUGUGUGGUUUGGGGAUGGCGAAUGUAUCGAGCUGUCAACAGAUGUCGCUGUCAUGAAGAAGACGAUUGAAAAGUGGGAGGGUAAAGAUGGCUUUCAGAGGUACUUGCAGUGGAUGCAAGAGGCACACGUCCAUUACGAGGCAAGCAUAGUUCACGUUCUGAGGAAGAACUUCACGAGCUUCUUGCAUUUGGCGAGGCCCAGUUUCUUGCCGUAUCUGCUGGCUCUCCACCCUUUCGAAAGCAUCUGGCGGCGCGCAUCGACCUACUUCAUGACGGAGAGGCUAAGACGAGCCUUCACAUUCGGCAGCAUGUACAUGGGCAUGAGUCCAUUCGAAGCACCAGGGACAUACAGUCUUCUACAAUAUACAGAACUGGCCGAGGGCAUCUGGUAUCCUCGAGGCGGCUUCCACAAAGUUCUGGAUGCCUUGGUGAAAGUGGGCGAGCGUUUCGGCGUUCAGUACAGACUAUCGACACCAGUCUCUCAUGUAAAUCUGGGUCGAUAUGAGGACGACGCCACUGGUGUGACUCUAGCCUCGGGAGAGGUAAUCAAUGCCGACAUUGUCCUUGUGAACGCUGAUCUUGUCUACGCAUACAAUGAGCUGCUGCCACCUUCGACAAAAGCCAAGUCACUCUCCAAGAAGCCAGCAUCAUGCUCAAGCAUCUCCUUCUACUGGUCGAUGGACAAGAUCAUUCCUGAGCUUCACACGCACAAUGUCUUCCUGGCGGACGAAUAUCAGGAUAGCUUCGAUGACAUAUUCAAACGACAGCUGAUCCCCAAGGAGCCUUCAUUCUACGUCAACGUACCUUCGCGCGUGGACCCAACCGCAGCUCCGGAGGGCCGAGACACCGUCGUUGUUCUCGUGCCUUGCGGUCAUCUUCUGGAGAAUGAGGCUGACCGGGGGCUAACCCCUCAGAAUCCUCAAGACUGGCAAGCCAUGGUGUCCAAAGCUCGAAAUGCCGUCAUUGAAACAGUGCGCCUCCGGACCGGAGCUGACUUGGGGUCUCAUAUCGUCAACGAACUGAUCAACACGCCAGUGUCGUGGAAGGAGAGCUUCAAUCUCGACAAAGGGGCGAUUUUAGGAUUGAGUCAUUCCUUCUUCAACGUCCUCAGUUUCCGACCUCGCACGAAACACGAUAAAAUCAAGAACUUGUACUUUGUUGGGGCAAGUACGCAUCCUGGCACUGGCGUCCCUAUUGUGCUUGCAGGCAGCAAGAUCACGACUGGACAAAUACUCGACGAUCUGGGCGUGGUCAAGCCCUGGCCUCCUGGCGGCCACGAAAAAAGGGUCGUGAGCGAACUGGAUAAUGUGGCGAGACCACCAUUGCCCCUAGGACCUCUGGUGGUGUUCUUUUUGAUGCUGUUAUGGGCGUUCAUUUUGCCCUACGUUGUCGGGUAUUCCAGACUGAAGUGA